GUUGAAGACUCCACGUUCUAAAGCUCGUGCCAUUUGGCAGCUUCUUCCAAUGCUUGCGUUUUGCUAUGCGGUUUCGAACUCUUCAGCAUACUCUUCAAUCUUCACAGUUCUCCACGCUGUCCGAAGCAGCUGUAUGUCACGUGCUCGUGCUGGCGCCUUCACAGGCCUGGAUAGACUUGGUGCAGACAAGGCGACGGCAGAUCCCAACCUCUGCCUUGGUGGAAUGCUGCGAUGAGCUCUCGCGUGCUCGCUGCCAUGACUUUGACCUGUGGAAAUCUCUCGGCGAGGAGCUAACAUGUCGACUCACUUCUGGCAGGCGCGCUCAAGCUCUUGCCAUGGCAGCUCCUACUGCAUUGGAAUCUGUGUCAGUCCUCACUUCUUUCGCCGGAGUCUUUUGCCGUCACCGUCGACUCCUUGAUGCUCUAGAGUCUCGGAGAGAUGCCGAAGGCUUGAGGUCUUUGCACACCAUGGAGCUCAAGCGUCUACUUGUGGCCUGUGGACAGUUGAAAGCUGCCGUUUCGUUGGGAGAGAUUGCAAUCGACUUCCUGAGCCACAGGGAGAUUGGCUCCUCCUUGGUGCUCUUGCAGACGGUGCACGCAGCAGUGCGGCUUUGUUUGUUCCCAGCGCGACAAAACAGGUUUUGGACCUCUCUUUGGACACCAUGCAUGCAUCAUGUGCUACACAGCGCUGGCAUGGGACGAGACCAGGUCACUGCCUUUGCUGCAGCAGUGGCUUUGCAGCAAUGGGAUUGUGCCAAGCGACUUGCCCUGGAGUUCAGCUGGACUCAAUGGGAGUGCUCCCGAGACCUUGCAGUUGGCCUCGGGAGCCUGGCUGUGCUUCUAGGUUUGCGCAGAGCUUCGGCAAGCUUGUUGCGGGUUGGCACAGAACUGCUUGCAGAGGCUUGUGCAGUCUUCUGCACAGAGAAGUGUUUACUUCCAACAUCUGAAGUUCGACAGCUGCUAAUGUUUGCUUUGGUCAACAUGCAUUUGUACAAAGGUUUUUUGCUGAAUCUUCCUGGCUUGUUGCACCUUCUCUUCAAGAUGGAGGAUAGCAUGCCACGAGCCACAGGCAGAAGCAAAUCCAGGCUGCAAGAACAAGUUGUGCAGGUCGUUCUGAUGGUUCUACACUCACAGGGAAUCCUUUGGAUGCAUGGAUUGGAGGCAUUUCGGUCGAGGAGCCGUGCUUGGUGUAUGCUGUGGAUAUCUUCAUUGACAAAGGCACAGGUCCCUGAUACCGCUCACUUUCGGCCAUCAAGCAACAGCACAGAGCCACGGAGCCGGCGGUCGACCGGCGACCCGGUGGCGACCCAAUGAUGCGCUGCCAGCCGCCAGUCCCGUUCAAUGGCUACGGUUGAAACUCUGCACACCCAACAUUGAGGAAGAAACGCAGAGUUCGAUGGCAACAGGCCAAACCUGAAGACCACCACAUGCCAGCCAGAGCGAUAGAGGAAUGGUUUGGAGGACAAAAGGAGUCCGAGACGUGCGGGCUUAUUGUGUUCUGACGGGCAAAAUAGCUGUAUGAUGCUGUAUGGUUUUGCAACUUUUUAGAUAGAAGGCCGGAAGACCUUUGAAUACUUUCUGAGUCCGAUGACAUCAUCACAGAACCUCAAGUGAGUGAGCAC